ACUCUCCGUCUGCAGGAGGACAAUCUCGGUCGCUGUUUUCUUUUUUUAUCGUUCCCCUAGGAAAAUAAAAUUCUCAGCAACUUCCAUCAUUCGACAACCGCCUUGAGAACAAGAGCUGAACUCUCAAUAGAAAUUCGACGAAGUGCAUGCAACAGAGAGAGAGAGAGAGAGAGAGAGAGCAGCACAUGAGAGAGAGAGAAUCUUGUUUAUUUUUAAUCCGAUCUGCGGCAGGACCCAAUUCAUAACAAUUAGUCAGCAGCAGCCGGAAAGAUCCCCAGCUCUGCACAGCUGGAGGGAUAGUGCAAACACACAUCUGGAAACUGCAUGAGGAUGCUGGAGUUACAGCCAAGAGCGCGGUUCCUGACCUCGGAUCACACUUGAGCACAAAACAGGGGGUGGGGUAAAGGUUUUACCCCUGCAGGGAAGAAAAAUCGGGGGAGAAUUUAAACCCUCUAACAUUGACCUUCUGUCCAGCCCGCGUUAGCUUCCUCUGCACCUCCAGCCGCCCGGCUGCCGAUCAGAUGCACCCAUGGUCGAUGCCAAGAACAGGAACAUGAAGUGUCUGACUUUCUUCUUGAUGCUUCCAGAGGCGGUGAAGAAAUCCAAGAAGGCAUCGAAGGCCAGCCGGCUGCCGGUGUGCUACGAGAUUCUAACACUAAGGAAGAGGAUGGCCGCGGAGAUGUACAGCGCCAAGAAAGUGGCCGGCCCCAGCAUCAGUGUCCAGAGUCACCAGCAGAACCUCAGCAACAACAACACCGUCCAGGGGACGAACUGGCAGGGGCUGUACCCCACUAUCCGAGAGAGAAAUGCUGUGAUGUUUAACAAUGAUUUGAUGGCAGAUGUUCAUUUUUUGGUCGGACCACAAGGUGGGACCCAGAGGUUGCCAGGACACAAGUAUGUUUUGGCUGUUGGGAGCUCAGUAUUUCAUGCAAUGUUUUAUGGGGAACUUGCAGAAGAUAAGGAAGAAAUUCGAAUCCCCGACGUUGAGCCUGUUGCUUUUCUCGCUAUGUUGAAGUACAUCUACUGUGAUGAAAUCGAGCUGGCUGCAGACACAGUCCUGGCUACCCUCUAUGCAGCCAAGAAGUACAUCGUCCCUCACCUCGCUCGAGCUUGUGUUAACUUCCUGGAGACCAGCCUGAGUGCCAAGAAUGCCUGCGUGCUGCUGUCCCAGAGCUGCCUCUUUGAGGAGCCCGAGCUGACCCAGCGCUGCUGGGAGGUGAUCGACGCCCAAGCCGAGCUGGCUUUGAAGUCCGAGGGCUUCUGCGACAUCGACUACCAGACGCUGCAGAGCAUCCUGAACAGGGAGACCCUCAACACCAAGGAAAUCACCCUGUUUGAGGCGGUGCUGAACUGGGCGGAGGUGGAAUGCCAGCGGCAGGAGUUGCCCACCAACAUCGAGAACAAGCGCAAGGUCCUGGGCAAGGCCUUGUACCUCAUCCGCAUCCCGGCCAUGACACUGGACGACUUUGCCAAUGGGGCGGCCCAGUCCGGGGUGCUGACACUCAAUGAGACCAACGACAUCUUCCUGUGGUACACAGCGGUCAAGAAGCCGGAGCUGGAGUUCGUGUGCCGGCCUCGCAAGGGCCUGGCCCCCCAGCGCUGCCACCGCUUCCAGUCGUGCGCCUACCGCAGCAACCAGUGGCGCUACCGGGGCCGCUGCGACAGCAUCCAGUUCGCCGUGGACAGGCGGGUCUUCAUCGCCGGCUUCGGCCUGUACGGCUCCAGCUGUGGCUCGGCCGAGUACAGCGCCACGGUCGAGCUGAAGCGGCAGGGCCUCGUCCUGGGCCAGAACUUCAGCAAGUUUUACUCGGACGGCUCCAGCAACACCUUCCCCGUGUGGUUCGAGCACCCGGUGCAGAUUGAGCCAGACACUUUCUACACAGCCAGCGUGGUGCUGGACGGCAACGAGCUGAGCUACUUUGGGCAGGAGGGGAUGACUGAGGUGCAGUGCGGGAAGGUCACCUUCCAGUUCCAGUGCUCCUCAGACAGCACCAACGGCACAGGCGUGCAAGGCGGACAACUCCCGGAGCUAAUAUUCUAUGGCUGAAAGACAACAACACGCUGGAAAGCCCUCCAGUCUGCCCUUCAUUCAGCCUAGUGUGACCUGCACACAUUACAGAGCAAAUCAUAGACUCAACCACUUGCAGCUAAGAAGAAGUCACACCCUGCUGGCUGCAGAAGUGCUUUCCAGCCCAAUCCCAAUUUCCAGCUCUCGGUCCAAAGUUUUGUAAGUUGCAGCACUUCCAAGUGUGUAUCCAAGUACUUUUUUUAAACCGGCAUGAGGGUUUUUGCCUCGGAGUGUUCACGGGGGAGGAGGGCAGUCAGGGGACUGACUGUCUUUCCCUCUCAAUUAUUAUAAAGCACAUUAAGCAAGCAUGCAUAUGUACAGAAUAUGCCUCUGUUAAAUGUGCCUAUCCAAAAGUGGUCAAAUUUAAAUUCCUGCAUACGCCCUUUCAUGCCCAUCUUUCAGGCAAUGAAUUCCAUAUCUCAUCAUGUUUGAAUGAGAAAAAUUCUCCAAAAUUCUCCUCUUAAUACAUUUACCAAUCACCUUCAAUCUAUGCCCCCAGAUAUUGAUCUCUCAGAUUCUUAAACAGCAGAUCCCCCUUAAUUUAAUAUGGCUCUAAUUUAAUCUCCUCUCAUCCUCUUUUGUUCCAACCUAGCCAGUCUUUCUAAAUAGUUAAAAUCUAGCAAGUAUUACAAAUUGAUGGUCUCUUGAUCGACAGUUUCAUCUACAUCUAUCUGCAGCCAUAUGCUGUUCUAAAAGCAACUCUAGCUGUUUCCCUUUUCUACGCAAACAAUAGUUUAUUUAAGGAAGGAUGUACUGGCAUGGCAAACUGUUCAGAUUGAUUCCUGAGCUAAAGGUGUUAAUUUAUGAGCUGCUUGAGCCUGUGUUCAUUGGAGUUUAAAAGAAUCUGUGGUGAUCUUAUUGAAGCCUUUAAGA